AUGUCUCGUUGGCAUCACCCCUCCUGCGAUAUCCCAUCGGUGUUUGUGCAGGCGGGUCUGCCGUACUGUAAAUCAUGUGGUGAGAGCCCAGACAUCAAUAAGCUCAUCGCAGAUCAAGCCGAUGUCAAACCGCCCUGGACAAUACCUCCAGACGAGAAACCCGGUGAAUUACGUCUGCGCUGGCCAGCGUCUGUUAUCGGUAACUCCCUCACGGAAAUUAGAAACGAAACCCCAGCCACCAUAACGAACGAACAACUUAAUGGCUUGAACUCCAUCCACGCAUCUUCGUUCACACAUCCCGUCUACAAGAGACGGCUCUCUGAUACCGAAUUUCGAAUCUUGAACAUUUCACCAUCGUUAGACGAGCGUUGUCCAAUUCAUGCUGUGCUUGGAGACUAUCAGAUUGAUAGCUGUCCCGAGUACGAGACGGUUUCCUACUGUUGGGGUGGUGAAGACGGAGACACAAGACAAAAUCGACCAAUUUUUAUCGGCGACUACUGGGAUGUUCUUCUGCAGACUAGAAACUGCUGGUCGAUGGUUCAGUAUAUCCGUCUUGAGUCACAAAAUCGGCUUAUCUGGGUUGACGCCAUUUGCAUCAACCAAUGCGAUCACCUCGAAAAAGAGACUCAGGUACCUCUGAUGGGUCAAAUUUACUGGAGAUGCUUGAGGACUAUCAUUUACUUGGGAGAAGAAGUUGUGAAACCCAAAGGCCUUUUUCCUACGAAGGGAAGGUUGUAUCCCAAGCGUCAUGACUUUACAGAAUUUGAAGAUUUGAUACCGAAAUCGCUCAUGAGCCGAGAACAGCUUUUUGAACUUCAUUACUUUCAGCGGGUUUGGGUGAUCCAAGAAGUCAUACUGUCCCCCUUGGUUGUGAUUCCGGCGCAUGGAUAUGAAUUCAGAGUCAGAGCCGGGACAAACCUACCUCCCUGGAAAACACGACCCGAUGAUAUCAGUCAUCCAUGGAUGGAUUACGCCUGUAAAGGAUCUGUUUAUGAGAGCCUUUCAUCUUUAUUACAACAGACACGGUCUUCUGUAGCUACAGACCCUCGUGAUAAAGUCUAUGGCAUACUUGGCCUCGGACUUCAAGUUGAAGAGUUCAUACCCGAUUAUUCGAUAUCGCGACUUCACACAUAUAUCGGAACUAUCCUUCACCUUGUAUUCGUUGAACAAUGCUUCAAGAUUCUUACUGCAGCUGGCGGCCAGCAAUCGGACUUGAAGUUCCCAUCAUAG